AUGUUUUUAUUCGUCAUUCUUUCCCUUUCAUCUUUCGCAUCGAGCGCGGUGAUCGAACAACGAGAUGCUGUGCCCGCAGGAUAUGUCACGCCACCAUAUUAUCCUGCUCCACAUGGAGGAUGGGUGUCGGACUGGAGCGAGAGUUAUCGAAAGGCAUCCUUACUAGUUUCAAACAUGACACUCGCCGAGAAAACAAAUCUUACAGCAGGAACGGGGAUAUUCAUGGGACGCUGUGUCGGCAACACAGGUUCUGCUUUGAGAGUUGGCAUCCCUCAGCUAUGCUUACAGGAUGGGCCUUUGGGAGUUCGAGCCACCGAUCAUAACACUGCGUUUCCGGCGGGCAUUACUACCGGCGCUACGUGGGAUAAAGACCUCAUAUAUCGACGUGGCGUUGCUAUUGGCGAAGAGUUUCGAGGGAAGGGUGUCAACGUCCAUUUGGGACCGGCAGUAGGUCCUUUAGGAAGAAAGCCUCGGGGCGGCAGAAAUUGGGAGAGCUUUGGUUCGGAUCCCGUCCUACAGGCCUUUGGCGGUGCUCGCACCAUCGAAGGUAUUCAGAGUAUUGGAGUCAUCGCGACUAUCAAACAUUUGAUCGCUAACGAGCAGGAAACAUACCGGAUGUACAGUCUCGUCAAACAAGGUAUAUCUUCCAAUGUGGAUGACAGAACACUCCAUGAACUCUACCUGUGGCCCUUCGCUGAAGGCAUACGUUCCGGUGUUGGUUCGGUCAUGGUAUCAUACAACGCUAUCAAUGGCACAGCCUCCUCACAGAACAGUUACUUGAUCAAUGGUAUUGUGAAAGACGAGCUCGGUUUCCAAGGCUUCGUCGUGACGGAUUGGCUUGCCCAAAUUUCAGGCGUCCAAUCAGCAUUAGCUGGACUCGAUAUGUCAAUGCCAGGCGACAUCAACGAGAUUCCGCUUUUGGGCUUCUCAUACUGGAUGUAUGAACAAACCCGAUCCGUGUUGAACGGAUCUCUUCCUGUGGAUCGUCUAAAUGACGCAGUAACUCGCAUACUUGCAACAUACUUCCAGUUGGGGCAAGACCAGGAUUACCCCCGUCCGAACUUUGACUACAACACUCAAGAUGCGGAAGGACCGCUUUACCCUGGGGCACUCUUCUCUCCUCGAGGUAUCGUCAACGAGUUCGUGAACGUGCAGGCUGAUCAUGCCACGGUGGCCCGCGAGGUGGCCCGCGAUGCUAUUACGCUACUGAAGAACAACGAUGAGAUCCUGCCUCUGUCUUCGAGCGCAGUGUUGAAGGUCUUCGGUACAGACGCUGAGAAGAACUCGGACGGCAUCAACUCAUGUACCGAUAGAGGCUGCAAUAAGGGGACUCUCGGUAUGGGCUGGGGGAGCGGAAGUGCCAAUUAUCCCUAUAUGAACUCUCCAAUCGAUGGAUUCAAAGCGCGUAGUGCGAAUUAUUCGUUCUUCAACACCGACUCUUUCCCCUCCAGCUCGAACCCAUCCCCCAAUGACACAGCCGUUGUGUUUGUCAGUGCGGAUUCAGGGGAAAACUAUAUCACAGUAGAAAACAACCCGGGAGAUCGAACAAGCUCAAAUCUCAAUUUAUGGCACAACGGAGACAAAUUAAUCAGAGAUGUGGCUGCGAAAUACGCAAACGUGGUCGUGGUCGUACAUGCCGUGGGCCCGAUUCUUAUGGAGGAGUGGCACAAUUUGCCUUCGGUCAAAGCGGUUCUGUUUGCCCAUCUUCCGGGUCAGGAGGCGGGAGACUCUCUGAUGGACGUUCUCUUUGGAGACGUCUCUCCAUCUGGUUACCUCCCGUACACACUUCCAAAAUCUGAAGACGAUUACCCGGACUCGGUGAGCCUUAUCGGAUACCAGAUAGGGCAGCCGCAAGACACGUUCACAGAAGGUCUGUACAUCGACUACAGACACUUCCACAGGGCCAACAUCACACCCAGAUAUGCUUUCGGACACGGUCUGAGCUACACGACCUUCUCCUUCUCGGGUGCUACUAUCACCGCUGUCACACCACUUGCCGCAUCACCACCAACUCGUGCAGCAAAGGGCCCAACGCCCGCCUACUCAACUGCCAUUCCUCCAGCAUCAGAGGCCUACUGGCCAGCAAAUUUCGACCGCAUCUGGCGAUAUCUAUACUCGUGGCUCGAAAAGAGUGAUGCUGAUAAGGCUGCAGCGGACGCAACUUCGUCAACCAAAUAUCCGUACCCUCAAGGCUACUCAAACGAGCAAAAACCCGGACCUGCAUCCGGAGGCGCUCAAGGAGGCAACCCCGCGCUCUUCGACGUCGCGUAUACAGUAUCAGUCGUGGUCACCAACACUGGAAAUCGUCCCGGCAAAGCGGUCGCACAGCUCUAUGUGCAAUUUCCCAGCGCGCAGACUGUCGAUACGCCGAUCAUCCAGUUACGAGACUUUGAGAAAACGAGCGUGUUGGAGCCUGGGGCGAGCCAGACGCUGAGUCUGAGAGUCACCAGGAAGGAUCUGAGUGUCUGGGACACGACGUCUCAGAAUUGGGUGGUUCCUGCUGUUGGUGGUGAUUAUGGGAUUUGGAUCGGCGCGAGUUCCGAUGCUUUGUAUUUGAGAUGUGGGACGGUGAGUGAAAGUUGCGUCGAGGAUCAGGAGAGUCCUGUUUAG